AUGCCAUCCACCAUUACAACAGUAUGUUACAUUACUGACCGACAAGAAUCCACCACAAGCAAAGCCCUUACUAUUGUUAAGGCUGCUGAAGUAAUAACUUUUUCACCUGAAGAUGUUCUUUUGGUAACUGGCAAAUUUCGGUUUGUUGAAAACUUAGAUGACGAAGGAAAAAAAUUUCCUGUCUUAAAAAUUGUUUUGCACCACGUCAUUCAAUUGACUAUCGAUCCGACCGAUUUGCCUGCAUUUCCCUUAUUAAUCAACAUGACUGCUAUUGUAGUUGAACCCUCACGAAGUGAAUCUAAUGAUGAUAAUAUUUCAUUAGUUGUGGAAACCAGAGACUUCAUGGACCAAGACCAUACUGUUCUUAAACUAGAAUGUUAUUAUCUAAAAUCAGCGCAACACCUUAUUCCUACUACCACUUCUGCAAAAAAAGGAUCAACUCUUUUCAUGAAUGAAGAACUCUUAAUUGAUGAUGACUAUACUUUUAUUGUUCAUUUUUGUAGUAUAAACUUCAUUGAACAUCAAAAAUCAAUCAAUGCAAAAAAUCUAACUGAUCUCCCAUGGCUAAGCAGAUCAAAUAAACCUCCAGUAAAUGAAUCAGGUACUGAAAAAGUUACAUACACAAUUGCUUCAAGAGUCAAAGGUGGUAGAAGAAAGAAGACGUCGACUACAGCAAGAUCAUAUCCUGGUUUAAAAAAUCACCCCAAAAUUAGUGACCUUGCUAAAAAGGCACUAAACCAAAAUCAGAGUGUUGAU